AUGUUGCUUAUAAAGGCUUCGAUCCUGACGUUAAAUUUAUUCUCUGGACUAUCGUCGGCCCAGCCUUCUACGCCACCUUCGGAUGGCAAUGGCGUACAGUUGAGUGACGGGCAGCGGCUGCCUGAUUACUGGUUUGCCUACGAUCUCGAUGACGCCGAAGCCUCGGCUGCCCCCGUCCUCGAGGCGGCUUACGAGCAAACCACCAACACGGCCAUCAAUAAAUUGGCCGUCCGUGAGCCCGUCCAGGUCUGUGAAAGCACCCUCUCCCGCAUGGCCCAGUGCGCGACUAUUGCAGGGGCUGUUUUCAGCUGGAGCGCGGCGAUUGCAGGGGCGGCCUGGGCGUGGUCCCAACAUAAAGAUUGCAGUCUCCACUCUGGCACGAUCGACGGCUGGCAGUACGAGUUCCAUGCUACCGGGCGCAAUUGCGACACCACCGCCCAGCAGAAGACCAUCCAUGGUGCCAUCUAUCACUAUCUUUCCGCGAUCGAGGGCAACACUGUCUGCGGCACACAGUGUCUGUCACUAAAGCAUGGAGGCAGCUAUGCCGGCUACCUGAAGUUUGGCAAGGUAGGCGUCUUUGAUUCCGGCGCCUACUGUGGCCCAACCCUGCAUUUCGAAAAUUGUGCCUCAGGUGGCGUGAACAGCUUCUAA